AUGCUCCCUGCCAAGAGCCAGCCCAGGGCUGGGCCCGGGCCCCUGCCCUGCUCCCCCUCCCCGCAGCGCCGCAGCUCCCAAACCCCUUGGGCCCUGCCGGGCUCUCCCGCGCGUCCAGCCCAGGGGCCUGUCUACAUCCCAGGAUCGACCCCGGGCAGAGGCCAGACCUGGACUUCCCAUCGCAUCUGGACUCCAGAAAAACCCCGGUUGUUCUCCUCCACUUCCCUGCGGCCCCUCUUCCUGCUCAGCAUGUCCCUGCUUGGCUUUCUCUUGCUGGAGCGGUGGAAGCCCCGGUUCCUGUUUGACUUCUCUGCCCAGCCCUUGGAGGAGCCAGGAGGGGACAGUGAGGGGGCGACAGGGGCCCAGCCCCACCUGCUCAGCGUCCCGGAGCUGUGCCACUGUCUGGCUGAGAGCUGGGUCACCUUCAGGCUGUACCUGCAGGAGCUGCUGCAGUACAAGAGGCAGAAUCCGGCCAAGUUCUGUGCAAGUGUCUGUUCAGGCUGCCUCACCCUGGCUGUGGUCGGGCACUAUGUUCCAGGCAUCAUGAUCUCCUACAUCAUCUUGCUCAGCAUCCUGCUGUGGCCGCUGGUGGUUUACCAUGAGCUGAUCCAGAGGAUGUACACGCGCCUGGAGCCUGUCCUCAUGAAGCUGGACUACAGCAUGAAGGCCGAGACGCUGCAUCACAAGCAUGAGAAAAAAAGACGGCAGGGCAAGAGUGAGCCGGUGACCGGCGAUGACCCGAUGGCAGAAACGGAGAGCGAGAGCGAGGCAGAGCUGUCCGGCUUCUCCCCACUGGUGGAUGUGAAGAAGACAGCACUGGCCCUAGCCAUCACAGACUCGGAGCUGUCUGACGAGGAGGCUUCCAUCCUGGAGAGCGGGGGCUUCUCCGUGUCCCGGGCCACCACCCCACAGCUGACGGACGUGUCUGAAGACCUGGACCAGCAGAGCCUGCACAGCGAGCCGGAGGAAGCCUUCUCCAAGGACCUGGCGGAGUUCCCCUCGGUGGAAGAGUACCAUUCCAGAGACCUGGGUCCGGCGGGCGACGAGGAGGCCUUUGGGGUGCCCCUGGGUCCCGACCUGGCCCAUGCUGCCCGCGAGCUGGACUCAGCCGAGAAGGAGGCAGCAGACGCUGACCUGGCACUGCUGCGCCUGGCGUCUCCGCUCCACUUUGUAAAUACGCACUUCAAUGGGACCGGGCAGGCGGCGCCCAGCAGUGCAGAGCCCCCGCCCACCUCGGCCCCGGGCCUCGGCCUCCACCUCGAUGCGCUGAGCCAGGAGAUCGUCACCACGGCCAUCAGCACGGUGGUGCAGAACACCCUGUCGGCCCUGCUGCGCUCCUCAGAGGCCAGCGAGGGGCCAUCCCUCUCCGAGUUCCUCCCCGCCGAGCCGGAGGAGAGACUGAGUUUCCAGGCGCAGCUGGGUGAGGGUGAGGGCGAGGGCGAGGCGGCGGGGGCCGGGCCGGUGGCAUCACCCCAGGACGAGGACGAGGAUGAGGACGAGGAGGCGGACGACUUUGAGCUGCUGGAUCAGAGGGAGCUGGAGCAGAUGGAUGUGGAGCUGGGCCUUGGAGAGGGGCAGGGAGCCCCAGAGCCUCCUGCCCCGGCUGAGCUGCCAAAGCAGGAGGAAGAGGGGGCGGCAGCAGCUGUGUCCUAGGCCUGCUCCGCCGCCGCCGGACAGGAGGACGGCGCUGUG